GGCAAACUUAUGACCGAAUCAUCGGUCCUCGCGUGGAGCGCCUCACCAAUAUUACUUCCAACCUUGACUUAAAUUAUGGUGAACUUAAUGCCGACUUUAUACAUGACAUUAUCAUCAGAACAAAAAUUAAAAGUAACACCAUUUUUGUUGAUUUGGGUAGUGGCAUAGGAAACACGAUUUUGUAUGCAGGUAUUGCCACUGGAUGCACUGGAUAUGGAUAUGAGUUGCAGCAAAAGCUUGUUGAUCUUGCCAACGAGCAAUAUAAGGAGAUUAUGACCCGAGGAAAAUUAUAUGGAUUAGAAAUAGGACAUGUUGAAUUUUUAUCGGGUGACUUCAAAGAUAUUUAUAUCAACCAUCCAGAUUUUAUUAAUAUUUUAUACUCUGCGGAUGUUAUUUUGGCUAAUAACCGGACCUUCUCACCAGAGACAAACCAAUUUUUGUACAAUCUUUUUCUUGGCCUAAAAAAAGGUGCUAAAGUCGUAUCUUUAGAGUCUUUCGAGGGUUUUGAACCUCGUGGAAAACAAAGCGAACGCGUCUUCUCGGAUAUUAAGGCAUAUAGUGACGGAAAAUUUUACAUUGCUACACAUGUUUAA